AUGUAUCUAGGCGUGUCCACUCAAGAAUCCAUUAUUGAAAUUGAAAAAGAAAUUCCAGCACCUAAAACGCAGAUAACUGAUUUUAGAAAAUCAUGUUUGCCGUUUUAUAUCGAAGCAAUCAAACAGAUCACACAACGUUUUAUCUUUUCGGACCCACUUUACGACAUAAUCGAACUAGUCACAGAUCCUCAAAAAGCUCAAUCAUUUGAGACAAAAGACCUUACUUUUGUCGUCAAUAGAUUUCCAUAUUUAAGAAACGAUUUAGAUCUCGAAGAGCUAAAUAAAGAAUGGAAAAUGCAUGCACUGUUAGAUUUUACUCAUUUAAAUUUGUCUCCGAAUCUAGAAAUACUCGAUUACUGGAACAAUGUGUUUAGGUUAAAAAAAAGUUCAGGAGAGCCUCAGUUUCCAUGUUUAAAGAAAGUUAUAAUAAUGCUUUUGCUGGUCCUACCCUUUUCAAACGCCAGCGUGGAACGCGUUUUCAGCCAGCUCAAAUUGAUUAAAUCGGACCAUAGAAAUAGGCUUGCCACGGAAACAAUAUCAGCUUUGAUGGCUACCAAAGCAAAUAUUCCAAAUGCCAUGACAUUUGAGCCAACAAAGCUGAUGCUGAAAACUAGAAUAAAAUAUAAAAAGGAUGGGGAAAGCGAAGAAGGUACUAACUGA